AUGUGGAGCGAGACUCAAAGCAACAAACCAAAAGGAAAUGAGAUUGGAGAUGAUGAAAAACUAACAUUAAGCCGCUUUUCUUCUUGUGGAAGUAAAACCAGCAUGGAAUCGGUUUUCAAAGGGCGAAAUAAAAAGCGAGUCAGUCAAUUUGUUGUGAAACUAGACCAUGGAGAACAUGUUUUGGGACGAACGGAACAAGCAUUAGUUGUGGCGUGA